AUGGACGCUGGAAAGCUGUUUGAGACUCGUUCGGUUACAGAGGUUCGAGAUUUUAACCUUGAAUUAUCUCUCAAUGUGGUUAAAAUGCGUAAAGAGCUGCGAAACCGCCUUCAAGGAAGCUAUGCUGAUAUAUUGAAGGUUGGCAAGCGUAUAGAAGAGCUUUAUGGAGUUUUCGAAGAGGUGGAUAAGGGUUUUAUGGAAUUAUGCUUUAACGAAGGUGAAUAUAGAAUAAGCCGUUUGGCUGAGCCAGCAGCGUUGACUCAAGUCUCAGCACCAGCAGUGGAUUCUAAUACAGAGAAUGGCUGUUGGGUGCUGCUAAAGUUGAGCGAGUGGGCGCUCGCAAUUUCAGAGUUCAUAAGAGAACCCACUACUAUUCAUUUCCGGCGUAUGGUGGAGCUUUUCCCAUCAAUUGCCGAUGUCGCAGGCGAACAGUACGGGGAAAUUGUCCAGCAAACCUGUCAACGUCUGGAACAGUUUUUAGAGGGCCCUGGUACAGCCCAGUUAACACUGCAACAGCUAAUAGACUUAUACGGAGUGCUGGAGCGUUCUGUAGUAUUCAAAUUUAGCCACAAGGCGUUUGAGAGCAUUCUGGACCAGCUCUUGGUAGAUCACCAGAAAAUUAUGGGCGGUUCCCCAAGUGCCCAAACGUUUAGUCAGCGCCAAGAGUUCUUAGAGGCCUUGCGCCUCAAGCUCCUGAAAGAUGCGGAAGACCUCUUAGAGCAGUCUAAAUUCUCCAAAAAAACUUCUGAAAAUCAACAAUUCGAUCCCUACGCUUUAGAACAGACACCUGAUUCUAUUUUCGUGCAAACCAUAGCAAACUACGAACUAGGUUUAAGCACCCCUUCGCGUAUAAAGUUUGGUCAAUGUAUUUCUAAAGCUUCUUCUAUUCUACGUGAAUUACGCGAUUUACAAGCGGAUGCCGGGAUUAAUAAACUUCGAGACCGUUGGAUUUCUAGAAUAGAAGAUGAGCUCAGAAGUGUACCGGGCAACACGGAAGCUACUAGUGGCGCCGUUAAAGAACUGGUAAAUCAACGUAAUAACCAACGCUACCAAAAGUAUCUAGAGAAUUCACUAAGUCAAAUUAGUGUGUAG